GCUGUGUCAAUUGGGUGACCGGGAACACAGGGCGCCCGCCUGAAGGAGACGCUGGGCAGGCAGGGCAGCCUUGUUUUGCUCACGCGGCCAGGUCUUUUUGGAGGAAAGGCGAGAGAGGCGGGUGGGAGGGAGAGAUUCUGGAAGUUAGGACAUUAAGGACUGCUUAUAUCUAGGGGGAGGGGGUCGCCAGCCUCAGGACUUGAUAGUCUCACUAGGGGCUGGCGCAUAAUUGAUAGUUCAAAACGAAAAAACCCUGCUGUGUUUUACUUCCUGUAUACCUCAGAUUCUUGCGAAACCCAGUGAGGAAUGAAGGUGUAACAGGAAAAGUGAGGUUUUUCCACUCUCUCUGUAUCUCCCUGUCUUUUCUUUUUGGGAAGAAAAGAGAAACAUCAGAAUUGUCUUUUAAAAAAAGAAAAAGAAAAUACAAAGUUUAUAAAUGUGCAUUUCAGAUCAGAAUUGACUGGCCUGCUUUGUAAGAAAGUGUGUGUUCGAGGCAUAUCCAUUAAAGAGCACAGCAUUAAAGCCAUAUAUAUUCCUUUUGCUGUCAUGUUGCUAAAAGUACACACGUUUAGUAGGAAAGUGUUUAGUAGCUUGUUGCACUGCCCUGGCUUGGGUGUUACCUGCCUUGGGAUGGGAAAAAGUUUAAUCCAGCAGCUUCCGUGUAGAAACUUCCAUGUCUCCUGCCAAAGAUGUACGACGAUGCCGUCCUGGGUGAUUGACCGUUACGGAAAGAAUGAUGUGCUGCGAUUCACAAAUAACAUGAUGUUCCCUUUAAUCAACUUCCCUAAUGAAGUGAUUAUUAAAGUCCAUGCUGCAAGCUUAAAUCCCAUAGAUGUUAACAUGCGAAGUAAGUGCCUAUAUACAUUGCAUGUCAGUUAAUACCAUUAAUAUUUACCUACUCCACAGGUUGGUAGUAAGGAUUGAUGAUUUGGUUUAAACUGUAAACUGAUUUGAACUCAUGAAAAGAGCUGUAUGAAUAUUAUUUAUAAUUACUUAUGUUUUCAUACCUUGGUGUUUGGUGAGUGAUGUUAAAUAUUAUAUGGUCUUUGUAAAGUCUGCAUUAGUUGUGUGAAAUACUGCAUUUCAUAUUCAGUGCUCCUAAUAGCCUUUUUAGCCUUAUGCAGUUUGAUUUCAUUGGCCCUAUUCUGGUUGGGUAUGACUGUAGAAAAAACAGGCCAAAAAACAAAACAAAAACCACCCAAAUAAAUCUAAUUAAAAUGGCACCAUAAAGAUUAACGCAUAUAUUGAGGCAUGAUUUCUUUUAGGCCUACAAAUGUUUCUACCAUAUGCAGAAUUAAUUGUGCUUAAAUCCACUGAAAUCAGUAGGCUUAGAUGUGUCUUACUCUGGUCUGUAUCCACCUAAGGUUUACUCAGAGCAGACCCAUUGAAAUUACGGGGCAUAGAUUAGUCCUGCUCAUUAAUGUCAAUGGGUCUCCUGUGAGUUUGACUACCAUUAGAUAAAAUGCUUUGUAUUCAAUCAUGUUUCAGUUUGUUACUCUGCUGCAACAAAAAUGAAGACCGACAUAGCAAUCCAGCACUUCUCUCCCCUGUAUGCUGGGCUGGAGGGAGAGGGUUGGAUUAGGUUAAGGAGUCCCUGUAUCAAGCUCACCUGGCUGAACUGGCCUCCCGGCAGGAAGGCCAUUAGUGAGUAGCCAGCAAGAAGGCUGCAAAAUGGGGUGUUCAAACCCUACCUUUCCUCCAAGGAGCGUAAGGAUUGUGUACGCUGUUCUCCCCCCUCCACCUUUUCCUCACAAAAACCCUGUGAGGUAGGUUAGGCCGAGAGAUCGCAACCGGCCCAAUGUCAUCCAGUGAGCUUCCUGACCGAGUGGGAAUUUGAACACUGGUCUCCUAAGUCCUAGUCCAACACUGCUGUUUAAUGCAGAGAAGGCUUCUUUGAGCAUAGGAAAUUGAACUGUGUGUAAACCAGCGACAACUGUUCUCUGUUUGCUUGGCAGGUGGUUAUGGAGCUGCUGCUAUAAGGAUGAAGCGGGAUCCGUUGCACAUCACAAGCACAGGCAGUGAAUUCCCUCUCACACUUGGUCGGGAUGUUUCUGGAGUUGUGAUGGAGUGUGGACUAGACGUGAAAUAUUUCAGACCUGGAGAUGAGGUAAGGAUGAGCAAGGAAGGAAUGGGAGUUACUCUAAGUGGAUUUAUAAAUCCUCAGUCUCAGCAGAAACAAAUUACCUCAGUGUGCAUUUUCUGCUUCAGUUGUGCACUGCCAAACCAGAAGUUACAAAUGGUGCCUCUUUCUUUGACUCGUCGUUUUGCUGCUUCUGCAGUUCUAAGGGUUAUGAGAGCCAGCACAAAAAGAAGGUGUUAGGAGUUCCAGUAAGGGAAAAGUUGGAUAAUCCUGUACAUAAGCUUCAUACAGAGGUGCCAACUCAAGCAAUACCAUGUUGGAAGUUAUGUUGCAAUUCCACUGUUUUGCUGGCAUCCAUCUUUCUCAGGAGACGAUGGAGUGCGCCUCUGGGGGUGAAGUUAAACCUCUGGAGAAUCAUAUCAGCUGCGGUGGUGGCUGCAGAGACCAGUAACUUGUAACUGCUGCCUCCUGUGUUAGCAGCACCAAAGUGACCUCUCUAGGGCGGAAGCCUGGGCAGUGUGUAUGGAGAUCCGGGCUGCCCAGACGACAAAACCCCCCUCUCAGCCUCACCAAUGUGGUCCAAAGGAAAGCAGAGCAAUAUGUUUCGCACCAGCUUGGCUGCAGGAGUUGCUGAAAAGAGGCCAUCCAACCAUUUUAGGACUUCACUCCGGAUUUGUGUAUGGUUUAGUCCUUAGCCUUUUAUUCUCCCAACAUGUCCUGCACAGUAGUAUGCCUCUGAAUACAUGUUGCUUGGGAUUACAGGUGUGAUUGUACUCUGGCCUUCUUUCAGGCUUCCCAUAGGCAUCUGGUUGGUUGCUGUGAGAACAGGAAGCUGGACUAGAUGGGCAAUUUUCCUGAUCCAGCAGGCUCUUAUUAUGUUCUUAAUUUGAUACAUAAUAUUUUUUAAGAAUUAGAAAUUCUGCUAAACCAUGAAAAGCUUUGGACUAUGUUUGAGUUUUGGACUUCUUUUCCCCCCAGGUAUGGGCAGCAGUUCCUCCCUGGAAACAAGGCACUUUGUCAGAGUUUGUUCUGGCAAGUGGAAAUGAGGUAAUGAAGCAAAGUAUUUAUCGUAUUUUUCGCUCUAUAACACGCACCCGACCAUAACACGCACGUAGUUUUUAGAGGAGGAAAAUCCGUAGGCAUGCCACCCGUAGGCAUUCCCUCCAUAACACGCACAGACAUUUCCCCUUACUUUUUAGGAGGAAAAAAGUGAGUGUUAUGGUGCAAAAAAUACGGUAAUUUGAGAUGAAAUGUUUCUGUGCAGCUUCUAAAAUGGGUGAGGUUGUUUUUGCAUUUUGUCUUAGAGUAUUUUUUUCCUGUUAAAGGAAGAGUCAGAAAUUUCCACUGCGAUCUGAACUAUGCUGUAGCAGAUCUCUGUCUCUUCCCUAAAUUUAACACUGAACGGGAGGUAAGGUGACAGGGAGGAAGGCAGAUGAGUGAUGGCUACAAUUGCACAGUGCUUUAUUUUCCUUCCUUGAAAAACAAAGCACUGAACCAUAAUCUCAACCCUUUGUCAGUGAGUAGGAGGACAGUGAGCUUGAGCUUGCAGCUGCUGUAUGGCAGCAAUGAGUUUUCAGGGUCCGAUUUCUGAAUAUAUAGUUCAGUGUGUUGCUGCAGUGUGAAGACAGAAAGGACCCAUUGUGUGUGGGUAAUGCUUACUUGCUACAGUCAACCAGGUGACCUCUUAUUCAAAAGGCUGGAGCUACCCUGUCGGAAUAGUAUUCCAGUCUUUAUGAAUUUUGAUUAUCCAUAUGCAGAAGCAGCACUUCAGAUAUGGCAUGUUUCUCACAUGUGUACACAUCUGUAGGGGGAAAAGGAUGCAUGGUACUGUGUAUGAAAAAUGUGUGAUUGCCUGUUUUUCACUGCAUUUCAGCUACCAGCAUGUGGCAAAAUAGACACAUGUAUACAGUUCUGUUUUGUUUGUUCUUUAAAUUAUACAAGUAUUUCCUUUUCUUACAUUUUUAUAUGUUUAUGUAGGGGCAAAUGAUGUGUUUGUAGGGGCAAAUGAUGCGAAAUGUAUGUAGGGGCAAAUGAUGCGAAAUGUAUGUAGGGGCAAAUGAUGCGAAACUGUCCCUCAGCACCUGAAAUUUGUAUUGAAUUUUUAAUAAUAACAAUAAUCAUCAUCAUCUGGGCUGCAGAACCUUGGCAAUCCUUUCUUUUUUACAAUGUUAAAUAGCAAAAUAUUUCUGGUUCUUGGAUACAUGUCUGUUUUCCUCCCUUUCUGCAGAUCUCUAGAAAGCCCAGAUGUCUCAGCCACACUCAAGCAGCUUCCUUACCUUAUGCUGGUCUAACAGCAUGGUCUGCCAUUCGCCUUGCUGGGGGGCUAAAUCAGGAUAAUUGCAGCAAUAAGAGGUAAGUUACCAGUUGUUCUGUAAGCAGGAGUUACAUGUAGCGCAAAGGUGGGAAGCCAGUGGCUCUUCAAAUGCUGUUGGGCUCCCAGCUCCAACAGCCCCAGCCCUCAGGACCAAUGGGCAGGGCUUAUGUGUUGUCCAACAACAGUGUGAGGGCCACAGUCACUUAAUGAGUGAGAUAGGUUUCUACAUUAUAUAAACUUCUGCAAGCGGUUCCUUGAUUAUCAUGCAUGUUGAAGUGUGUUGGACUUAACACGUUGUGGUUUGGGUGAAGGAGCUCUUGGGCUGGGGUUUUGCCCAGAGUGGGAAAAGGCAAGGAGCCACUAGGCACUUUGGGGGAAGGUCUGGGGUUAGUAACAUCACUAGUGAGUCUAGAGGAGAGUGACAGCAGAACUGGUGUAGCUCUUAUGAUAAGAGAACACACCUGAAAGUAAGGUGUCUUCAGGUGGUCUCAGAAGUUAAGGGGUUCUAAAGAGCCUUGGGACCAAGAGGGAAGGGGGAAAUCCCAUUAUGUCAUACACAAGAAAAUGUCAUAGUUAAAUGAAAAGUUCCUCCUUUGGCUUUAGUAUGAUUUUUUAAAACUAACUUAGGAGCUAUUUAUUAUCUAUCGCCCUCCAGUUUACCUUUCUUUUCCUUUGGCUUUGCCCUAUAUAGACAGAACUAUUUAGAAAUAAAUUUUCACAACAAAUACCAUCAAUUUAACACCUUUGAAUUGCUGGGGUAUAGAAAUGCCUCAUUACCUGGAAUUCUUUUCACUUCACAGAGUAUUGAUCUUUGGUGCAGCAGGUGGAGUAGGUACCUUUGCUAUACAGGUAAAUAUGUUACAACUAACUACCUUGGCUGAUAUUUUGGGAAAGCUUAGACUCAAAUCCUCUGCAAUGAGUGACUAAGAACACCUUCCCCCACCCCCACCCCUCAUAAUCUUGGAAUGGUGAGAUAACAGUACUGAUUAGUUGAGUUCUUUUUGCCUAUCUACAAUGUGUUUUUGAACUGUGACAAUGCUUCUUGCUUGCGUAGAUGAAGGGUAGAGAUGGAUUUGUGAGUAAAUUAGCAUUUGUUGCUGCACCCAUUUUUGCUCCUGGUCCAUCACUUGCAUGUAUAAAAAAGUUACAGAUUUUUCAUUAUUAAGAAAGAAAGAAGAAUCAAAUGUUAAAGGUACCGAGAGCAGAAAUCUCCCAGGACCUAUUUGCAGGCUCAAUGUACUCUUGUUGGAUACUAUGCCUAAAAGACCCAUCCAUUUCUCUCAAAAUGGGGGAAAAAUAUCGUCAUGUUUAAUUUCCCAAGAGUGAAUGGAAGGGGAAACAAACCCUUGCUCUGUCUCAGCUGGACUUGGCAAGGCUGACGCUUUCAUGAAGCACCAAAUUGGGAUCUGAACUUAAUUUUGUGACUGGCGCACACCCAAGAUAAAACAGAUCAGACCUAGUUAAAAGGCCCUAGAAAGUGGAAAUGCCAUGAUGAGACCGGAGUACAGUUAGAGUGCUUCCACUAAGCAGGCUACCUGCCAUCUCUCGGAUGGUUAAGGAAGCCAGAUAAGGACCUCUGAUGAAAAUUUUACUGUAUCACAUGCACAUAUGGGGACAGGCAGCCCUGUUCCCAAACCACCAAGGUUUUGAAUUCAGCUUGAAAUCUGUUGUAUAUAUUGGUCCUUUCUAGUGCCUAAAGAUCUCUUGAAAAUCCAGUGGUAGAUUUUGCCCUUUGCUGAUCUACUCCGUGUUGUCUUGGAGGGGCCCCAUUCCACUCUUUGGAAAUCACAGAAAAGCAGUCUUUUAUGCAAUAUUGAAUUACAUCUAACUAAAAUAUCAAAUAGAAUCUCCUUCCAGAGCUGACAUUUUUAAAAAUGUGAUUUAAAAGUAUCCAGGUAUAAAAUAUGAGUACUAUCUGACUGUAUAUUGUAACGAAACUAAAUUCUGAAAGUCAAACUGAGCUUUUUAUUUGGGUAGGAAAAAUGAGGGUCUGGGGGACAGUAACCCUCCAGAGGAAAUUUGGUGAGUUCCAGGGAGUUCCAUUGUGCAAGUGGGACGCAUUUGUUGGAUACCAGCCCUAGUUCUUAAGAACAAACUGGGGAGGGCAGUUACUGUUACAACCUGCUUUGUGGUCUUUUGUUGGAAACGUUUAAACUUAGAUGGAUUUGCUGGUCUGAUCCAAGAAAGCGCUUUCUUUGUUCUUAAUGUAAAAACGCCUCAGGUGAAACCAGGUGAGCCUUCUCACUUGAAACGCAUCAUGUGACUAUGGACCCAGCUCCCUCAGAACAGACUCUGACGGUUCCUGACUCUCAAGUUUGGCCAUCUUACUACCAGAUGGAAGUACAGUGGUACCUCUGGUGAAGAACUUAAUUCGUUCCAGAGGUCUGCUCUUAACCUGAAACUGUUCUUAACCUGAGGUACCACUUUAGCUAAUGGGGCCUCCCACUGCCGCCGUGCAAUUUCUGUUCUCAUCCUGAGGUAAAGUUCUUAACCCAAGGUACUACUUCCAGGUUAGCGGAGUCUGUAACCCAAAGUGUUUGUAACCCGAGGUGUUUGUAACCCGAAGUGUUUGUAACCCAAGGUGUUUGUACAGAGGUACCACUGUAACCGGAUUCAGGGGCGGGGGGCAGGCAGAGGACACAAGAUAGCCCCGGCAGUGGCUGGUUGGGUGUCUUUUUCCUCGAAUUGUAGAGUUGGAAGUGACCCCAAGGGUUACCUAGUCCCACCCCCUGCAGUGCAGGAAUCUCAUCUAAAGUAUCCAAGUCAGAUAGCCAUUCAAUCUGUGCUUAAAAACUUCCAAUGAAGGAGAGUUUAACACCUCCUGAGGGAGUCUGCUCUACUCUCAAAUAGAUCUUACUGCCAGAAAGUUCCUCCUUUCUUGCACAGAGCAGCUUGCCAUUGAUAAGCAGUGCCAGAUUUAGGGGUGUGUAGGCAGUUCUCCUCCAUGGGGUGCUGAGUAGGGGGCGGCGAUGCAAAUGAUGAUGAUGGUGGUGAUAAUAAUAAUAAUAAUAAUUAUUAUUAUUAUUAUUAUUAUUAUUAUUAUUAUUAAUUCAUAGGGGGUUGGAUUAGAUGACCCUUGGGAUCUCCUUCCAACUCUACAAUUCUAUGAUUCUAUUAUGAUUAAUAAUACUAAUAAUACUAAUCAUCUUAUAAUUUAUACAGGUGCCUACUGAGAAGAUCCAUACAAACCCAGCUGUACCAAAAUGAAUUACUGUGAAAAUAAAUAUAAGGGGUGGGGGAAUUUUGCCCUUGCUUAAGGUGCCAUAAGUCUGGCCCUGUUGAGAAGAAAUACAGAUUUGAGUUAGAGAAGGGCGGUAGUUGUGUGCAGUCUGCUGAAAGCAAGUCUAGUCAGCUGCUGUGUUCUUUUUGUUCUGUGUCUUCUCAUUCAGCUAAUGAAAGCCUGGGGUGCUCAUGUGACAGCAGUUUGUUCCCAAGAUGCCAGUGAACUCGUGAAACGUCUCGGAGCAGAUGAUGUGAUCGACUACAAAUCUGGAAGUGUGGAAGAACAGCUGAAAACGUUACCGCUGUAUGUAUGGGCUAAAUCAUGGAUGCGCACGGUGAAUGUGCACAACCCCAAGUUGGCUGUUCAAUUUUUGGGUGGGUUUGAGCAGGUCGCCUGCACCUGAGUCUUCUGCGCUGGUAACUUAGUGAGCAACCCGUACAGGGAGCAACUGGGUCGAAUCCAGAGGUGGCGCCAUCACUGUAUCUGAAGCCUUGCUGCUCACACCAGCCAGGACAGAAGGUGGUAUUUGCUUUGCCGGUUCAGGAUCCAGCCCCUCUCUGACUUCUGGACUCACUUAGGAUCUAGUGGAUCUGUGGCCAACAUUGUUAUUAUUAUUAUCUUUAUUAAUUAAAUUUGUAUAUUGCCCUUCAUCCGAAGAUCACAGGGCGGUUCACAACAUAAAAAUACAACAUAAGAACACAAAGUACGUAAUGAAAAAAGAACCAAAACAAACCAAUAAUUCCCCUCCCGCAAACACAUAGCUCUGCCCUCUCCUAUUCCACCCUGUUUGGGGGUUUUCUACCAGCAGGAAGAUCACCAGCAGGAGCCUGUCAGAAAUCCACACUGUGAGCACAGCAGGAUCUUACGGUGGGAGAACCUCCCUGCAGGUGGAGACAUACAGGGAACCCACCACAUCCUAACACUGGGGGCUCGAAUUGUCCUGCCCAGACUAUGAAUGACGUACAUAUAAAGUGGUUGCGAGAUAUGGGUUUGUAAUGUAAAGCAUUUGCACAUGAAACCUUUUGAACUUCUUUCUGAGUAAACAUGCUUAGAUAGCUUUCCUCAAGUUGUUAUGUAAUUGAUUGAUACCAUCAUGGCCGGGACAUGGUGUGUUCUUUGGGAGAGAAAGGAAAAUGUUCCAAUUCAUUUUCUUCCUGUUUUAUCUCCCUAGGUUUGAUUUUAUCUUAGAUAAUGUUGGUGGAUCCACUGAAAAAUGGGCUCCUGAUUUCCUCAAAAAAUGGUCAGGAGCCACCUAUGUCUCCUUGAUAACACCCUUCUUGGUCAACAUGGACAGGCUUGGUGUAGCGGAUGGCAUGUUACGGACUGGAAUGACGUUCAGUUCAAAAACUUUCAAGGUCUGUUAACUAAAUCAAAUGCUUUAUCUUCCUACCCAUUUCCUGUAUGUGAGCAAUUCAUUUCCAGUGUGCUGUUUUUUCACCUGCUCUUUAAUGUCAGUCAUGAUCUAAACUUGUGCUUGCUGUCUGUUACAGCAUCUUUGUAAAGGGGUUCAUUACCGGUGGGCAUUUUUUGCACCAAGCGGCCCUUAUCUGGACGAAAUAGCUGAUCUCGUUGAUGCAGGAAAGGUACGUCUGAAUUGCUAGUUUUACUUCCCAUUAUCUGCUAUAAACCAUGUGCCGUUUGGGUUCAAAUGCUUCUUUUGUAACUAAGGAAGAAAAUUUUAGCAAGUUCAAUGAUUUGGCUGUGGAGCUGCCAUGUUGAGAGUCCUAAUAGGGGCUUCUGUGUUGUUGUUGUUUAUCUAUAUAGCGUAUCAGCUUACAAAAAAAGAAGACGUGUGCUUGGAGGUUAGGACUGCCUUCCAGUCUGCUGGAGCAUAAUCAUUUAAAUCUGUGAAGAUGGAUGCUUACAAUACAUGCAGCACAUAACAUGCUGUAGCCUUAACUGUCUAGGCAACUGGCUGGUGCACCUGAACACUGCAAAAUAACUCCAGUGUUAUUUGACUGCAGAUCCCAUUAGCGACUGCAGGUUGUGGAAGGCUGCUGUAAGGUAAUCUGGCAUCAUUAUCCCUUGUAUUUUGGAAGGGAGGCUGAGAGAUAGUGGCUGGCCUAAUUGUUUCAAAAUUUGAACCAGGGACUUCUUAAGCUCAGUUUCUUAGCUACUGGGCUACCCCAGCUUACAGCAUUAUGCAUAUUGACUCAGUUUUGUUUGCUGCAUACAUGGAGUAAAUGUGACCUUUUUGCUCUGUUCAUAUCACUUGCUCUUUCACAUUCCAGCCUUCUCUCCUGCAGCAAAUAAGAAAAAGCUGACGCAGGGAUGCUUCUCAUAUUAGCAAGAUUCAGUGGCCUCUUUCAGGUGGCGAUAGCAAAGACGUCUUUAGCCAAGACAGAACUGACAAGCACUUCUACGUAGCCACAUGAUGUAUUGGGGAUGGCCCAUUCCUCUCGAGUCGCCCCUUGCUUCAUGCUUGGGAAGAACUCUUCGUAUGGAGGAGAGGAAGGGCAUAGCACUAAGUUGUCUGCAUAAGUCUCUGAGCAGGUGAAGGCUAAUGCUAUUGAAAAUGCCCAUUGUGUGUUUGUGGAUGGCUUGGGGCUUCUUUUGUCAUACGGUUUACAAAGGAGGAGAAAUGUUUGCUUACCCUCUCAUUCUCUCUGUUCAGAGAGAAAUCCUUAAUGCCAAAGUUUUCCUUCUCAGGGCUUUUAUGCUUUCCUCAUUUGCUUUAGCUUCCUGUAGAUCCCUGUAAACAAUGCUGAGCCGAUAUUUUUGAUGUACAUACAUUUAUUCCAUUGUUCUGGUUUUGUCUGUAUACAUCGGUAAAGCUGUACUUACAGGAAUCUGUAAACUUAAUAGGGCAGGGCAAAGAAUGAGAUAAGCGAAGCAUUUUCCAAAUUCUAACUUACAAGCUUACUGGCAAUUGCUUGCAAAGGCUUGUGCUAAGCAUUACUUCUGGGUUUCACAUUCUGUUUAAAAACCCGCCCAGUAAAGUCAGUGGAGCUAAAUUGGCAGAUUAUUAAAGCAUGUAAGGGAUCUAGAACAAGACUGAUUAAAACUGGGGUUCUGUCCAUUACCUUCUCACAAAAGUUCAGAGAACGUUUCCAAAUGUUGCAUUGUGAAUAAUGAUUUCUUUCUGGAAUUGGGGCAUCUCUUGUUGUGUAUUCUUAUGAAUGCACACUUUCAUAAGCUGUGGUUUUAUUUAGUGGUGGAAACAGAUGUACGCUCAGUAUGUUUUCUGCCGUAGUCAGCUUGUCCCAACAACAGCUCAGUGAGAAUUUGGUGCUGACUUUAGGGAUCUGGGAAAGGGGCAGACAUUGCAUUUUGCAUCCCAGAGGAGUAAUAAUUAUGAAGUAGAUAAAGUGAGGCAGGAAGGGAUGUCCUGCAUAAAAAGCAAGAUUCUUUGGGAGUAGUGAAGACAGAAAAAUGAGAUACAUCUGAGAGGUCUGCUCUCACACUUUGUUCAUCUCUAAGGCGAAAGUGGGGAGCCUUUUUAUAACUGUAUCCUUUUGCACACUGGCAGUGGGUGGGGCUGGAGCACCCCCUUUUAUCUCUCCCUCUGCCAGCCCCUUUCUCCCUUCUUGUUACUCACAUAAAAUUAGGCUGAGGACUGCAUGUGACUCACCACUGAUCUAAAUCUGGUCAAAUACAGCUAAUGAAGCAAAUGGUGAAGAGCCUGGAAAGUAUCUCUACUGCCUUCCUGCUUCCCUGGAAAGUAGGCCUUUCCCAUUGGGGAGGGGCAAGGUGCCAGUUUGAAUGCCUUUCCAUGCCAUGGAAAAAAUACUGGGAGUGGUGGUGGUGGGGUAUUAGAAAGAAUAGACUUCUGCUUCUUGGGUUGCUCAUUGACUUCAGAAAGUAGUGAUUUAACCUGUGAAUGAGGUAUUUGCCUGGAUGGGUAGGAAUAUAGGCGUAUUUUUUAAACACCAGAAUAAACUAUAUGCCACUGAGUUGCAUUCAGCUAAGUCCUGCUUGGAGCAGUUGCCUUGAAAUUAAUGAACCUAUGUUAGUUCUGGCCAUUAUCUUCUUCUGUGUAGGACUAGCAUUGAAUGCCACUGCUUGUAUCCAACUUCAUAAUGAUUUUCUGGGCCAUGCUUGUGUCAUCUGAUCCAUUGCGUUAUUGAGUUGGACCUCCUGCCAGCUUCUCACAGCAUACUUGCCAAUGUUGAGCUACAUCCUUCUUUCAGCAGGCCUCGGGGCCUGCCUUCGCAAGUGCAAGAGAGCUUUGAAAACGCCCACCUUGCUUGCUGCAGAGCCUAUGUGCAUUUCCGCCCCCUUUCCUACCACACUUGGAUGGGGUUGCCUCCUUUGACAAGCGUUAAUUUAAAGUCAGUAGUCUGGGCAGGCUCCCAUGCUAAUAAUAAUAAUAAAAUCAAUGAAUAUGUAGCCUUGUUCUGUUCUGAGGACACUUGGGCCUUCACGUUGCCAACUGUGAGUCAUCUUGCUUUUAUGCCUCUUGUCAUCAUGUGAAAUCUGGGGGUAGAUCUCAACUGCAUCUUACCUUACUGAAUAGCUAGGGGUGUCACCUGCGAAGUCUGUGGUUGAAAUAUACCCUCAGGCAUGAACUCAGUAGGUAGCCAUAGACAAGCGCUCUCUCUAACCCUACAUGCACCCCUUAGCCCCACUGGUUUGGAUUAAGGGCCUUAUUCGGUUUCUGAUUUACGUUGCAAAUAUAUGAAACUGCAACACUUUUCUGGCAAAGAAGGGGAAGUGGGCUCUCUCAUUGUUUUUUACCCAACAUAGGUAUUGAAGAGGGAAGCCUCUUCCUCUGCAGAAACAUCCUAGCUAGCUCUUGGUUUAGUUUUGUUUGCAGCUUAGUUUAUUUUGUGGGGUUACUUCCAAGACUUGAGAACUGCCUUUUCCCACUUCCAUUUUCUGAAUCCUCCAUUGGAUCCAAGCCAUCUUCUGCUAAUGGAAUGACUCCUUUGGCUCUUUCCCUUGGUAGUGUUGUAGUCCUAGCUAGUUGAGUUAAAUUUCAGGGAGCUGGCCAGCCAGCUAUGCCCCUUCUGAGACUCCAGUCCAUUCCCCCUCUCCAACAGCCAGUCAGCAUUCCAUGCCCACCAAGUAUGGACAGUCCUCACUAUUUGGAUUUCUUGUUUGGAUUUCUUUCCUACCCACACCUCUUCCCCUCAUGUUUUGUAUUCAGAUUUGUCUUUUGGCCUUCUGCAAAGCUUUGGGAUCCUGCAAAGCCUGCCAUUUCCCUCUCUCUUGUGCACGAAUGGUGCCAUGUUAGCUGUAUAAAGAUUCACACUCUGCAGAUCGAGUGCACUGUUAGUACAUGGGAGAAUACUUCGCAGGUCACUGUUAUCAUGAAUUGACAACCGAAAGAUACGUGUAACUGGAAAUCAGGCUCAAUAAUUUCACUUCUUUUUUUCAGGCUGGCAGUUCUGUAUUGGUGUAUGUAAUCCCUUCCCUCCCCAGACUUCAUGAUUUUAAUCUCUCUCCUUUGAACAAACAAGUGUUCUGUGGCCAGGGGGCUGAUGCGUAGUUGUAAACAGAUAGUGUUUUCAUUGCUUAGUUAAUCUCCACUUACUAUCACGUCAUCACUUGCUGAAUGCAUUUGUCUGACUUGCCCGCCUGUGCACAGGAAGAAAUAUUUGUCUUAGUCAGGUUGAUUGCAGUAAACACUGAAUGACAUAUUGUGCUGGGUACAUGGUCAGCCCUUUUCAGGUUUAUUGAAACAAUGGGUCGGGAUCAGCUGGCCAGAUAAAGUGUUUAAUGCGCCAGAUUGCUGUGAUCAUCAGUUGUAGUGUUCAUGUCGCUUUUUUGCAUUGCUGUGGGUCAACAAGCCCGUCAGACCAGAUGUCUGCAACAAUGUAGUGUAUGAGUUUUCAGCCUUUUGCAGCAGCCUUCAAAAAUGAUCUUAGUUUAAAUUCAAGGGUCUUUCCAACUACACUACUUCACUUGCCUUGUUUUUAAAGAGUUCUGUAGACUUCAUGGAAUAGUAAGAUUGUGCCCCCUAGAGAUUAGUCCUGUGAACCACAAGCUAUUUUUCCAAAAUGGUGUGUGUGAUAGAUAUUCAUGCAUAGACCUGCAGAGUUGGAAGAGACCACAGGACCAUCAAGCCCAAUCCCCUGCAAUGCAGAAAUCUUUUGCCCGAUGUGGGACAUUAACCCACAACCCUGAGAUUGAGAGUCUCAUGUUCUACUGAUUUGAGCAAUUGUGUGUGGAAUUACUGUAUGUUCCUCAUUAUCCUAUUUCACUUUUUUCUGAGCUGCGAGGCUGGUUUUAAUGGAAGAACUCAUUAGCUUCAAUUGUGAAGAUUACUUGCAGAUUUGAUUUGUUUGUAGUCUGCAUUAAGGCAGUGGCAGCUGGGAGACUGAAGACUUGCAGUGGGUUUUGUAUUGCUAAUCCUGAGCAUACAUGGCAGCCACCCAUUUGGUAAAGAGUGUGAUGGAGCCCUCUAUGUGCACCAGCUUACAUGUUUAGAGCUUCUCCACAUGAGGGAGAAUCCUGACUAGCCCAUGCGCCUGUUGGGCUCAUCCACUCUGCCACUGAAUCUGUGGAUGCCAGGGUCAGUUGUGAUCAGUGCACAUUUUAUUGCCUUCCAGUGGUGGUGGUGGUGCAGUUCAUUAGGACAUUUAUUUGAAUCGCUCCCCCCAAAAUAUACUCUUAAAGUAUUUUUUUUAAGUGCCAAUGCUUAUUAAAAGUCCACCUAUAGAAGGGAAGGGUUGUAGCUCGUUGUGGAGCAUCUGCUGUGUCUGCAGAAGAAUCCAGACUCAUUUCCCAGCAUCUCUAGGUAGGGCUGGGGAAACUUGUUUCUGAACUCCAGGAGAGCUGAUGCUAGCCACUGUGGACAAUACUGAGCUAGAUAGACCAAUGGAAUGACUCUGUAUAAAGGUCAUAUGGUCCACCUGUAGGAGAGAAAUGAACUACUGGGGUGCUGACACAAAAGUUUUCUGUUGUUUUUUAAAGCCUUGUAGUUAUGUGUGUAAUUAGAUGGUGCCAGGAUGCGCUUUUUAACCAAAUGGAGAUAAUACACUUAUGGAGGGGGGGGAUUACUGUUCUAAAUGUUGGGUCCUUCCUUCUUGCUCCCCUCCCAUUUUCUUCUUCCUAAAUAUUGGAAGAAAGAGCAGAUAAACCUGGAAUCAAAGUGCUGUUUAUAUUGUGCAUGUGUUUUACAAAGUGUUUGGCUUCAUCUACUCCAGAUAAAUAACUGCUUGAAGUGUGUGGGGCAUCACUAAAAAUAUCUGCAGCUUUUGUUUUUCAUUAAGUUAAAGUGAUACACCUGAUCAUGUGUUUUGCCCUUUCCUAGAUCUUCAUGAUCUUCCCCUAUAAUUGAUUGCUUUUGUACCAAUAAGGGUACAAUAUUGAAAGGAAAACCUGCAUUCUCUUUCUUGAGAAAUGAUGCUUUAUUUCUGCAGAGGUAUAAUAUUUAGUCCUCUUGAGAUGCAUAGCUACAGUGGUGCACAAUCUGUAGGGGAAGCAGGCUAGUUUCAAGCAAACUGAAAAUGUUUGCUACUAUCUUUUAAUGCUAUAUGCUAAUAUGUUUGUUGUGGGGUUGUGCUGUAUAAAAACCAUUAGAAUGACAAUGUAUUUCCAUCCCCCUGCAGAUACAUCCAGUUAUUGAUCAAGUUUUCUCCUUUUCUGAUGUUCCCAAGGCCUUCCAGAAGAUGGAAGAAGGGCAUGCACGUGGAAAAACGGUGAUUAAUGUAACAGAUAAAUAAAUAUUUUCUGUCUAGGUACUUUGAUUUCUGUGAAAUUUCUUUAGUUCCUAUGUGAGUUUUCUUACAUGGGACUUUGGUAAGCUACUAAUAUCUAGAGGUUAAUGCUCUGUUACUGCAGCAGCAAUAGAAUUCUUAUUUUAAAAUGAUUUUGUUAUGACACCAUGAAACAUGGUCAUUAAAUGCACAGUCUUUGGGAAGCAAAAAUGUAACAUUUUCAUAAAACUUAUUGAAGACAUGCUGGAAAACCCUUAAGGUGUAUGCAAAGGGAUAUUUAAAAAGCUUUUUGUUUUGGAUAAGGAGUCACAUUAAUGCUUUGCUUCUGUAGAUACCACCACUUGUGUAUGUGCAGAAUCACUGUGAGAAAAGUGUAAUAGGUCUGUCCUCUUUCCCCCCACACUGGAGGCAAGUCUUUUCAGUUUUUAUAGCCGUAUCUCAUGAAGCUAAUACUGACUGCUUCAUGAAAGCUGAAAGACUUUUGCUAAUCCUGCACCCAUAAUUAUCCCUCUAUGCUCCAUUUUGUGCCACACAGACUCAGAAUAAUUUAUUGGCCCUGUAGAGAACGGCUGUAAUAUGCUAUUUUUAUCAGCAGUCUAUUAUUCCUGCUCUAUGCUCCCUGCACCUUUUGCCAGAACUUGGAGCUGUUUGUAAACAUACACAAUAGAAUUCAUCAGAAUAAUAUUUAUUUGUAAAAUAUGUUUAUACAAUAGUUUGGGGCACAGAAAAAUGUUUAUUUUUAAGUAACGCACCUUAAAACCAAGUUUCAAAGAAAUAAGCAGCAGGUUCUUAUCAAGAACACUAGAAAUAUUUUAACCAAAAGCAAUAAUUUGUACAGCAGAUUGAAGUGGAAGUGUGCUAAUUUCCUAAUAAACAAAUUAACAAAAUAGUGUUGUCUAACCAAGUCAGUGCAGAAUUGGAAAAUCCUAACAGCUUUUCAGGACACUUGACAGAGCAUCCCAGGUGUGCAAGUAGCAAUAGUAUUAAGUGGUUUGCAUCAGAACAUUCAAGAUCAAAGUAAUAGAAAUAACAGAAUAAUCUUCACACUAGGAAAGAGUAGUAAUAGAAAUAACAGAAUAAUCUUCACACUAGGAAAGAGUAGUAAUAGAAAUAGAAAUAACAGAAUAAUCUUCACACUAGGAAAGAGUAGUAAUAGAAAUAACAGAAUAAUCUUCACACUAGGAAAGAGUAGUAAUAGAAAUAACAGAAUAAUCUUCACACUAGGAAAGAGUAGUACUUUAAGAGCUAUCUUAAGUUUCUAUAUAUAAAACCUAUUUCUGUUUUCUCUUGGAAAAUUGCUUUGGUUUGCUAGAGAUGCCGAAGUACCAAGCAUCUAUUAUAUUUGUCAUGAGAAUGCAAGCUUCUCCAUUACUGCCUCUAACAUGCGAGUUUUCCUGUAGCUGAAUACUCAAGGAAUUCAAAAUGUUCCCACCUUAGCAUAUAGGUAGUCAAUUUGCUGGGACUACUUUAUAGAAUGGUUGCAACUCCUCUAGACUGUUUUUCACCUGAACAGUAUGGUGCUAGUGUUUUUCAGGGGACAAUUUGGAUUAUUGUGGAAUUCAGAUAAAAUUUGUACUUAAUCACACAAGCUAUUGCUGUGGGUUUUCAAAUGCAGCAAUGUCUGCCCACUACAUGCUAAGAUGGGGAACAAACAGGAUGGGUUGUAAAGCAGGGUACAGAAGUAAAGAGCUUAACACUGAAAUAACUCUGAAUACAUUAUCAGUAGUAUAAAACUAACAUGAAAAUUUAGGCAACAAUUUUCAUCCAAGAAAUUUUAGGGCACAGAAGUUGGGAAGCAAACAGUUGUUGGUGGUGCAGCUGCUUGAAAAGAGAGAAUUACUAUGCUAGCAAAGCCAGUUUUUAUGGAAUAGUAUUUCCUCUUGCAUUUCAAAAGUGGUACAUUUUGACCUUUAACAAAGAGUUACUAAGGGCUCAUUCACACUUCUGCUUGUCCCAUACUUUGAUGGGUUUUCUGUUUGCCCCACUGCCCUCCCUGGGAAAACCCACACUUUAGCACUGAAUCAGAAAAUAUGACUGACAUUUACUCCAAUUCAGUGGUAAAUUAUUGGCUAGGGGAAAGUGGUGAGACAAGCAGAAGUCUGGAUGAGUCCCACGUUGUAUAAAGUAAGGCAGACAUGCAGAUUUUAAAGGAACUGAGCAGCUUAUUUGGCAACCUAUUCUAUCUGGCAGCAAAUGUUUAUGGAAUAUGCAUUUGUCUUUGAUACAAAAGUACAACCACAGGCUUAAGAGUAUACUUUAAUACAUUUGACUGUAAUGCUGUAACUCCAUUUUAAAAAUUGCCUGAUUUGAUUGGGUUCAUUUUAUGAGUAAACGGUUCAUUAUAUUUGGUCCAAACAGAAAAAAUUUCAGUAAAAAAAAUUCCAGUGCAAAAAUGUAAAUUCUGUUUCAGCAUGAAGUCAAGGAGAAUAAAACAAGUCUUUGUAAAUAAUUUAAAAUACCAGAUUAAAAUGUAUUCUGAAUGAGUAACUUAUCAAUGAUGUAUAAUAACUGCUUGCAAUAUGUUUUAACCUUUGAAUAACAAAUAGGAAAGGGGGUAGGUCUCUCGGUCUUAAUCCAAGGGUACAAACAGCAUUCACUCACUCAUUCACUCAAAUUCUGUUCAUUGUUUUUAAAAAUUACUGUGAAGACUGCUCCAAUGUCCUGUUUUCUGCCAGUCUUCUUAAGUUGAUGGAACUGAUUCUUAGCCUGUGCCAUUUAUACGACCAGCGGUUCCCAGCACUGUGUUGGCCUGUCUUCGCUGGCUGAACUGAGAACGAGGUGGUUUUGAUCAUAGUGCUUCCCACCUAAAAUUAAACAAUAGUUUCAGUAUAGCAUUUGUGAGCGAAAACAAAUAUUUGAUGCAUCAACUGAAUCCCCCCAAUUCCUCUACUUGUUGUCUUCCUGCAGGAUGGCAUUCUUGUUUCUGUGCAGUCUCCUCUCAAGACAACAUUUGCUUCCCUGCACCCUAGCUGCCAUGCAAAUUUAUCUUGCAACCUGCAAGUAUACAUGACUUACUGGUUAUCAGAAAUUCUAAUCCUCAGUCUAAGAUGUGCCCAAUCUAUGAAGUAUAAUGCUAUGCGUUUACUUAUCUAGCAGAUAUUCCCUACUGUAAGAGGCUUACACAUAAAUCCAUUUCUUUAAUAACCAGGAACUAUGAGCUUAGUCUUGAGAUAGCUAUGAUCAAAGUCCUAACUUGUUGCAUAGAAGGUGAGUCAUGAUUUUGGUUUGACUGGGUCCACUGGGGUAAAUCUCAAGGAAUUCAAUGUCACACUUUGAUGGAUGUUGCAUCUGUGAAAACAUUUCAACAUGCCAGAUGGAAUGAUCCCCCCUCCUCUCCGUUCCGGGCGUUUUCCCAACCCCACUGAGCCAGUUUGAGGGGGCAACAGUGAGGGGGGAAACCCUAUUGUUCAAGGCUUCCAUUGAUGGUGCUUUUAAGUGGAUCCUGCUGUUUUUUUUUUUUAAAAAAAGCAUUCUUGCUCUAUUAUUCCACAGAAAAAGGUUUUAUGGGGAAAUGUAGGGUGGUUGUUUUUUGCUACAUUUACAUCCUACCUGUCUUCCAAGACAGAACUUCAAGGUGCAUAGACAGGCUUUUCAGGCCAUUCCCCAUGGUUUUCAACCAAACCAUACCUAUUGUCAUUAUUUAUUAAAUUUAUAUACUGCCUUUCAUCCAAAGUUCACAGGGCAGCUUACAACAUAAAACACAAUAAAAACAAAAAAUGCAUAACAUAACAACCAAAAAAAUCCCAGGCACAUUUAAAAGGCCAUAGAUUGUUCUAUCAGCCAAAGACUGAAUAUUUUCACUUGGUGCCUAAAGAUUUGUAAUGAAGGUGCUGGGCAAGCCUCCCUGAGAAGAGCAUUCUGCAAAGGAUGAGCCACUGCAGAAAAGGUCCAUUCUAGUGUUAUAAUGUUGCAUCUGUUUAGAAUGUUGCAUUGCCUUAACGUGAGACCAUGCCCUGAAAACGUGGCUGAUCAUACUAGAGUUUAGACUGUGUAUAUAUCAUAUGAUAAUUUGUGUUAUUAAAUUUUAAACAGGCAUUUGCCUAUGUUGAUAAUCAUUAAUGCUUGUAUAUCUUUUGAGUAUCUACUCUGAAAUCCUUGCAUCUCACCUCUAUGGACUCAAAAUUAUAUAUCAUGUUCACAACUGAUCAAGGGGACUUUUACGAGAGGAUGCUUACUACUCAAAAUGACUAGCUCUGUUACCCGCAAAGGAAUGCUAUUUAACUAACAAAAUGUAAAUUGGCAUUCUCAAAGUAGACUGCAGGACAUCAUCCGACUCUUCGUGACCCCAUGGACACGACUAAACGACAACAAAUUUGGCAUUUAAUUUACACAUCAAUAAUAAAAACAAUACUGCUUUCUCCAAAUGUUGUAUUGUAGAUUUCCAUUGGCAAGAAACUUGUCUGGAAAAGUAUGAGCUGUGGAACAUCAUGUGGUAGAAACUAUGGGAACAGUUUUGGUUAUUUUAUAAAUUACUCAAGAUGUUUUUUUGCAGUAGCUAGUAGUGAACAAGUGGAUCAAGUUUUGUUUGUUAAAGAAAAAGUCCAUCUAUCUUUCAGUGUCAGUUCUAACUGCAGCCUCAAGAGGGCAACAUAACACACACUUAGAAAGUACAAGCUUAGUAUCAGCUCACAAACUGGAAUAGGCAUUAAUAUCCUGACAAAUGCUAUUCUUUUCCUCUUUGAGUUGCCACUGGCCCCUUGUUUUUCUAUUAAACUAAAGAUCCUGACAUUAGUAUGACUGGAACUCAGUAAAUAUUAACUUUACUAACAGAGUAUUAACACUAAACUGCUCUGAUGCAAAUAACAAAGCUUGCUGAACUUAUGUCUGUCCAGAAUGAUUUUGUACUUUGAUAUUAAGCCUAUGCAGUUUUUCAGAGAAAAAGCAGAUUUACUACAUGGCUUAUGAUAAAACAGUAAAUCCUCAACUCUCUACAAAAAUUGACACUAUACCUAUGCCAUCUACAGAUU